AUGUCGCAAGCUGACCGUGAGCGCAGCUAUUCCUCGCAGCAUCGAUACCGUGCUGCCCAGAAGCUUCGGAGCUCCAGUGUGACGAGGAGUCGUGUCGACAGAGGCUCUGCAUCCACACCCAGAAGAGCUCGCGCGGAGUCUCGUGGAUCUGACCUCUUCAACGCGUCUGUUGGAGGGAAUUCGCAGCAAGAUCACUUCUUGCGCACCGCUAAGAAGAGCGAAUCGAUGCUUUGUCACUCUCUUGGUGGGAGCUUCUGCGAAAGACCGCCGAAGAUGCCACAGACCGACAGAACCACUACAACAGUUCCAACAGCGGCUUGGAAUCAGCGUAAUCUUCGAAGCCGCUGUGAUGUGUGGGGAGCUGCUUGCUCGCCGCGCCGACUGGAGACGGUGCGACAGGAACUAGCUGCAGUUCGGGCAGACGUGCGAUGCUUACGAGGAUUCCUGGAUGCCACGACGAUUGCGACGUCCCAACUUGCCAGGCAGUCCGUGGAGAGCCGUCAGCAUCUCCGCAAAUUGAUGGAGGAGGAGCGCAUCGAAGGGGCCGAGUGUGACUCUGCUCUACUCAAAGGGCCGGAUGAGGAGGAGAGAGAGCGCCUUGAGAGCCUCGCUGAAGAGGUCAGUGAGCUUGGUUCACAGGUUAGCGACCUUGCGCAGCAGCAGCUCGAGUGUUACAAGGACGUUCAGUACCUGCGAGGAUUCACAGCCCUUGUACGACUGCGGCAGCGUGCGAAUGCUGCGACUCUGCAAAGCCGGAACUUCGGCCAGCAGUGUGAUUCCAAGGCCAAGGAGCUUGACAAGACGAAAGAACAAAUGGCUGCCCUGCGACUAAAGGCACAUUCUCUGAGAGAAGAAGCAGCGAAAGCAAAGGUAGAGGCUGCGGACGUCGGUGAAGACUCUGCCCUACAAUUCCUCGAGGCUCUUCGUGUGGAACUUGGAGCCGAGGAGUCACUGCUCGUGGACUGUACAUGCACAUUGCCGCCGUCAUGCCAGGCACUCCAAGCCUACCAGGCCGGAGCUUGGGACAGCGGGCAGAGCGGGCAGCGCGGCAGCGCUUCAAGUCUCGCCUCGCAGGCCAUGAGCAUCGGACUGAGAGGAGCGGUGCCUCGGCGCAGCAACAGUGGGGAGGGCUUUGAGCCGUUAACAGAUCGGGAGUGGCCCAAGGCUCUUCUGGUGCGGCGAGCGCCGAGGUCUGCCAGUGAUCGGCUUUUGUACGACAGCUUGAGGCGAGAAGUGGGCAGAAUGAAGAGCAGGCGGCGCAAGAAGGACGAAGUGAGUCAAGUUCGCUGGAUCCGCCCUGCCCUGCAAGGUGGGCCGAGGCGGCGCAGCUUGGCCAGCUUUUCUGGCGCACCUGUAGCUGCAAGAGUUUUGGGUGCCGUUUGCUUCUUGGGACCCCUCGCUCUUGCGAUCCCCUAUGGUGCGCAGUUUUUCGCCAGCUCGUCGACGCUGCGUGAGCUCUUGUUGAAGCCGCUCCUGCCCCUGGUUCUAGCAUACCAUUCCUCCAGAUUCGCGAAUCUACUUUGCAUAGCAGCCCUUUAUGGCCUCGUUGUGCCGUGGCUGUCCUUGCAUCCACUCACGUGUUCCUUGGGUCGUCAGGCAUCAACCUUGAUGAUGAUGCAGUUCCCGGCCAAUUUCCUACUCCAGUUCCUCGGUGCCACGCCAGGACCGUUGGCCAAUCUUGCGCGGGCUGUCAUUUUUCUGUACUUUGUCUAUUCAGUGUCUCUCGGGGUGCUGGGAUCUUUGCGAGGACGAGCUUUCGAGCUGCCCUUUGUGGGGACUGGCGCAGGGACUUUCAGUCUUCGAUCACCACGACCGUCAUCGCAGCCGGCUCAGUGA